AUAUUUAGCAUCGUGGGAAGCUAAGUUGUGAGCAACCGAUUUUGCUGCCCGCGAUCCCAAUAUACGUCCCUAUUAACGCUUAAUAACUAUUAAAGUCUUUAAGGCAAAAGUGAAGGCGAUACUUAUUACUUUUUAUUAACAAAUUUUAAUCUGCACUUGCCCGUACCAAAUGGAUUAAAGAACUCUAUGUCAAACAUAAUGUAAAUAAUAAAUGUUAUUUUCUAAUGCUGGCUUAUAUACAGCGCUGAGUGUGUUAGUGAUGAUGUCACAAUGCCCAGUGGUGUCACAUGGUCUGGUGAUGUCACAGUGCCCAGUGGUGUCACAAUGCCCAGUGGUGUCACAUGGUCUGGUGAUGUCACAAUGCCCAGUGGUGUCACAAUGCUUAGUGUUGUCAAAGGUCUGGUGAUGUCACAGUGCUUGGUGAUUUCACAUCACUGUGUUUGUCUAACCACCAACAACACAUUAGUCAUUUCAAGCUGGAGUGAAAGCAGGUCAGAAAUGGCUUGUUCGAUCGUCAGCAAAAAUCUUAAAUUUUUAUUACUAAUUCUUUUGAUCACAUCUACUGAAAGUUUUCCGGUUAAGAGACUACAAGGAUCCAUUAAUCACAAAGGAACUGUCCAGGAAUCUCAUACAAAUGUACACAAAGGAUCCAUAAAUCACAAAGGAACUGUCCAGGAAUCUCAUACAAAUGUACACAAAGGAUCCAUAAAUCACAAAGGAACUGUCCAGGAAUCUCAUACAAAUGUACACAAAGGAUCCAUUAAUCACAAAGGAACUGUCCAGGAAUCUCAUACAAAUGUACACAAAGGUUCCAUUCAUCACAAGGGACCAACAAGAGCAUCACAUACUACGACACCAGGCUGGACUCCAACACCAGAAACUCAAACGAACAGAGAGGAAGAUAUUAUCCAGUACAAAACAUUUAUUCGGGCAACUAUUGGACUUGGAGGUGUCUUUAUAAUGGCAUUGAUCGCAGUUUUCAUUAAAAUUUGCGAUAUCGAUGAUAAAAACCUACAAAACCUACAAACAUCUGAGAAUGAGCUGCAGAGCGUUCAAGUUAUAAAAGAAAAUGAAGUGCAAAAGAAAGAAUGUAAACUCAAAAAGAAAGAAUGUAAACACAAAAAGAAAAGCUCUGCAAAGAAAGAGAAACACCGCAAAAAGAAAAAAGCAAAAGGAAGCAGCAAAAAAUCAGAACACCAGGACAAAUUAAAUGGAGUAAAGAAAACGUUAAAAAAAGCAAAGGAGAAAAAGAAUAACAAAAAAGAAGCAAAGAUAAAGCAUGGCAAGAGGGAACAAAAAGAGACAGAACUGAGUGAAUAACAAUAGAAUAGUUGAGUCCAGUCAAAUAAUCUGAUAACAUGGAAGCAGCAUGGGGUCACAAAUUCAGUCACAAAAGAAAGGUGAUUUUUGAAGUCAAGAACAUGAUGAUGACAUUCACUUGCAAAAAUGCAACAAAAAUGAUUGCCGGGAGGAGCAACAAAAUGCACCUCAAUGUCUACAAAAACCAGAAGCACUAAUAACGCUCAAAGAAUCUAGAAGGCUACAUAUGCAACUAGAAAAUAUAUAUUUUUUAUAUCAAUAAAUUUGUAUUAAAUAUCAA